AACUCAAGAACAACCUUUGUGACAAUGUCUGCAUCUGUUGACUAAAAUUUGAAACCUAAUAAGCUUUUAACAAGGUCAACUGUUUUCAUCAACUUUUAGACGUCUGAAUUAUUUUAUUAUUAGUACUAUUCUUCAAUUUGUGUGUUCAUCAUCACCGUAAUAUAGAUAAUAGUGUUUGUGUCCGCGAAAAUGGUCUAUACUUUGUUUUUCGCAAUCACAACGUUACAUGAACAUGGAUGACCUAAAAUGCGAAUACGUAAAGAAAAAAAGAUGCUUCGGAUUAAAUCCAGAAGUGCUCAUUGAAAAAUGUAAUGAUGACAAAAACAUCGAGUGGUCACAAUCAAACAUAAUAAGUUUAUCAUUUAAUAGUAAGUGUUACAGUAUCAAAAGUGAAAAUGUGAUGUGUCAAACUGAUUGUUUACCUCACGACAGACAGGUGACGGUGAGCGUUUUAUAGAAGUGGUUUGGAAGGGCGGCGGGAGGCGGGCGGUAUGUCGGGCCAUUCCAGUCCUCUCAACGGCGGCUAUGAUGCUGCUGAGCCUGCCAUGAGACUUUCGGUCCGCAAGGAUCUAUUCCCAGAUGAGCGCCUGCCCAAAAUUGUCACCAAUUCUGACUCUGAUACUGAGCAAGAUCAGCUCGAAGACUAUUCCUGCGUCAAGCUGGAAACUGACUUUGAGCAAAGCAUAGAUGAUAUAGCAAAUCAGAAAAUGCAGGUUGUGAAUGGAAUCAUGCCGAAUGCUCCACGAUCCCGUCAUAAAAAGCACAAACAGCGAUCAAGACGUGAUUCUGAUCAAUCCACUUUAAACGGUUACCUUCCAUCUGAGCGUAAAAGAAAAAAACAUUCUCGUAGUUCACGCAGCCGGACCCAUAAGAGUAACAGUGUUGUCUCAAAAAUCAAAGGUGGUAAAAAUUUAAACUUAGUGAGUAGUAGUGAGUGUCAAGAAGAUGAAGAUGAAGAGGACUCCGAUGCUGAAAGUGAAAGUUCAGAGGAUGAAGUGCUGCAAAGUAGUGUUAAGUUGAAAUUUUUGCCUAGGCAAAGUGGGAAACCUUACAGUCAUGAACUUAGUCAAUUAUCUACAAAAAAGAAUAAAUCUAAAGACUCCUCAAAAGAGCAAAGGACUCACGUAGUUAUUCCUUGUAGUGGUAAACCUAGAUCAAUGCUAGGACUGUGUAGUUCUCGUAGCAAAAAGAAAUCUAAGAAGCCUGAUCAUACACCCACAUAUCGAAGCCAGAUAGUGGAUACAAGUACUAAAUUAAAGAUUAAGAUAAAAAGGACAGGUGUUCAGGAGGCAGUAAGCAUAGUAGCACCAACACCUGCAUUAAUAACUGAUAUAGCCCCAAGAAAGUCUAAGAAGAAGCGAGCUGCUUCUCCUGCACCUAGUGUCAGUUCUGGUGAAGAAUAUGAUCCUUCUAGAGGUGAUACUGCAUCUGCUAUGAGUGUUGCAGCACCUAAAUCGCGACAGUCGCGGCAAAAAGCUCCUCGUAAAUCUAAUAACAAUACAAAAAGUAAAGCUCAAAAGACUGAAAAAAGUAGAAGUAGUGCAGCUGAGAGUAGAGAUGCAGGACCCCAAAGCCCUUGGGCAACUUCUAUGCCAGAAGAAAUUCUAAUGAAAAUAUUUGAAUAUGUGGUCAUACAACAAGGCACACUCCCUGCUAUAGUUAGAUUGAGUAGUGUAUGUAAAUUUUGGUAUAGCGUAAGUUGUAAGCCUGAAUUUUGGAGAAAUGUCGACCUUGCACAAUACACUGUAGAUAAAUGUAAAACUGAUUACAAACUUGUGUGGCUACUAGAAAAUCGACUGUCACAAUGUCAAAGUUUAAAUAUUGCUCAAUGGGAUGUAUGUAACGUGACAUGGGUGCUGACAUGUUUGGUGGAUUAUUGUCCUGACUUAGUGGAACUUGGUGUCGCUGGCUGGAGUAGAAUUACUCCUGAACAAUUAUUUGACCUGAUUCAAGGGCUGCCAAAGCUGCAAAGGAUCGAUUUGUCAUCCUUGUCCGAAUUAGGCAGUUCCAGUACAUGUUUAUCAGCGGCUUCGGUGGCGCGGAUCAUGGAAAAUUUUGGAGACCGAUUGACUCAUCUUACCCUCGCCAAUAAUAAGUUUUCAGCGUUGCAGCAAAUUUUGACUUCAGUAGCGACAUACUGCCCAAACUUGGAAGUGCUGGAUAUAUCAGGAGCAUUGGCCACUUCACACCCAGCUGCAGUUCCCUUGGAAGCAUUGCAGAAAGGUUGCCCAAAAUUGAGGGUAUUUCGAGCUGCUAACGCUCAGCUGGUACUUGCUAGUGCUACGACGUCACAACAGAGCCUCGCUCAUCGCCGUAGAGUGGCUAGUCUAUCGGUAUUUUAUCGGAUACACUUUGGAGAGUGCGCUGCGGAACUGCACAAUUUGAUUCCGCCAUCCCCCUUCUUCCAUCGGUCGUCGAGGCGCACAGACUCUAGGCACCACUUUAUGGUGGAUGUUCCAUGUACCCGGACUAAGCGCCAAAAUCCAAAAAAAAAAUAUGUUGCAUGCAAAACGCCUACAACAAAACAGUAUCGUAAAAUGCCUAAAUAUCUCUCAUUAUUGCCUGCAACUCCCAAUAUCUCCCUUGUAACGGCAGGUUGCAACGUGACGCGACAGAGGAACGCGUGCCUGGAGCUAAUCUGCGAGAAGUGGUCGCACAGCCUCAUCGAGCUGGACCUGUCGUGGGCGUCCGCCAACAAGGUGCUAGAUGACGCGGUGGCGGCGCUCGCCGAUGCCGCUUCUAGUAAACUUAGAAUACUCAAUCUUUUCGGCUCGUCGGUAUCUUUGGAACCAGUUAAGAAAGUGUUGUUAAAGUGCUCCCAAUUAGAAUCGUUAAAUUUAAGCUUGUGUCGGGCUUUACCGCGAGGUAUGAAGCGGUUGUACACAGGCAAGGAACUUCAAGACUUGAAAGAUAGCUUCAACACUGACAAAGUGAAAAAAGAGGACAAUAAAGGGCAUGAAAACAAAAAAGCUAAAAAGUCGUCCAAAGCAGAGACCUCGAAAAGCGAGGAUAAGAAAAUUGAGAAUUCAGAUAGUGUUUCCGAGAGUUCUAGUGUUAAUUUAGAUAUCAAAUCUCCAGAGUCCAAGUCUUCCUCGUGUGUCUUU